GGUUGCCUUUCCCCAGAAAAACCUAAGGUGUAUCAAGGUGUCCGGGUGAAGAUCACAGUGAAGGAGCUGCUGCAGCAGAGAAGGGCACACCAGGCAGCCUCGGGGGGAACCCUGUCCGGAGGCAACAAUGUCCACCUUUCAGACCCAGUCCCACCAUCUUCUGCAGGACAGUAUUUUGAGCCUGAACCAAUUCCUUCCACACCCAAUUAUUUCCAACCCCGAGAAUUUUCCAGUUGUGUUUCUUGUGAAGAAAAUCCAGGCUUCCUCGACCAGAUAUUUGAUUCCUACCUUCAGACAGAGACACACCCGGACCCUUCGCCCAAUUCCAUGCAAAGUACUCCACACUAUUUCCCAGACAGCUUCCAGGCUGCCCCUUUCUGCUUUAACCAGAGCCUGACCCCAGGAUGGCCUUCGGAUUCCUCCACUCUCUCUGGUUCCUUGGACUGCAGUUACUCUCCUGUUCAGCUACCUGCAUACACUCUGGAGAAUUACGACUCUGCCCCUUCUCUGGACACCAGAAACUGGGGCUAUGCCUCGGAAGACUACUCCUACCCUCACCUGCCCUCACACACCCAGUGCAACCGCUCCUCCUCUGCCGCCGCCUCUGUCUGCUGCUCUGCAUGCUGCGAGGCGGAGCACUCGGACACCUUCAGAGCUUCAGAGUGUUUUUCUUACCCCAGCACAGACUAUGGGACCUUCACGCCCUCAGCAGCAGCAAGCAGUGAUUUCUGUAGGAGGGAAGCAAACUGGGACAUCUGCUAUAGUUAAUAGAAAUUACAUUAGUUUGGAACAUGGCAUGCAUACAUCUAUUUUUUUACCACCUCUAGAUGACAACUCAAAAUAUGCAACCUGCUGACAAAAUAUCACAGGCGCAGUUUACGUGUCACCAUUUUUGAUUUGCUGACACUAAUUUAGGCAUGAAUAUGAAAUUCAGACCCGGUCAUAGCGCCACGCCUACUUUGUAUGCUUACAGUUAAAAAUUGUUGUAGGGAAUAGUCGU